GAGAAUGGCCCAUCGGCCCUUCAAAGGCAGGCCGAUGGGCCAUUUUGAUGAAUGAUAUGAGGGUUCGUUCUUGGGUGCCUUUUACAGAAUGCGGAGCCUUGUAGUUGGGAAUCACCUGACCAUGGCCUCCACGGUUGCGUUCACGAGAAUCUUCCUCUCGCCUGCGGCUCCUCUUUCGACUUCACCGGCUUUGGUGUCCACGUUUUUGAUCAAUUCUGCUGUAGCCUCGAGGCGCUGUUUGGUCCUGCGCGCUCGUCAGCCGCAGUCGCUUACGCGUUUUGUGAAUGUUCGUGCACUCAGUGAGGUCACCGAGUCCGCAGUUCCCUGCUCCGAUGUUGCCAUACAGCUGCCGGAUCUCACCUACAAGCAGAAGACUGCAAUUUGGAGCGGUGAUGUCGAUAAUGCUGCCCAUAGAGAUGUGCAGUAUGGCCGCCUGCUACCUUGUCCCGCAGAGAACCUGCCUCCACGUGUUGUACAUUUGGUUCUCAAGGAGAAAGGAAACGUUGUGGACGUUGUCAGCAAGACGCUCGCUCUUCCUCGAACGUAUGUGGAAGAUUUGAUAGAUUUUGGAGCAGUUCAUUAUGCCCUGGUAUGGCCAACCCCACCUGCAAAUGUCUGUCCCGAACAGCUUGAACUGUACAAACAAUUUGCUCCUCUUCAUCAGGAUCCCGUGAAACGUCCGUCGUUGAAGAGGAAGACAAUCAAGGAAGCCCAGAAGACAUACAGAGUUACAACUAGAUACUUCGAGCUGGAGGCGGGUUCGUACUUACGAGUUCACGUUCAUCCUAAACGGUCCCCAAGAUGUUACGAGGUUAAUUGGAAGGAAAGAAUUAUCUCCGAGACAAAAUCUUACGUCGUGCUUGACAAGCCAGCUGGUGUCUCGGUUGGUGGCACUGUAGACAAUCUGGUGGAAAGCUGUGCCAAUUUUACUGCACGAGCGAUAGGGCAGCGAUCACCUCUCUCCAUCACUCAUCAAAUUGACACCUGCACCGAGGGUUGCGUGGUUUUAGCCAAAACAAAGGAAUUUGCUUCAAAAUUUCACGAGUUACUUCGGGAUAAGAAAGUGAGGAAGAUUUACCGCGCUCUUGCGACAGCUCCCAUGCCACUUGGAAGAAUUACCCAUUACAUGCGUGCAGACCGGCAUCCCCCUCGACUUGUCAGCAAUGCCGCACAUGAAGGUUGGGCCCUCUGCGAAAUGGAAAUUCUAAGUUGCAAGCAGGUUCCUUGGCCUAGUCCUUCGACAAUGAAGAAAUUGAGCGUCAAGAAUUGUGGCUGGAAGGUCCAAGAGUAUGCGUAUGAGUUGACCCUACAGCUUCUGACUGGUCGAACACACCAGGUGAGGACGCAGUGUGCUGCUAUGGGUGCUCCUUUAAUCGGUGAUUCGAUGUAUAUACCUGCCACCAUUGCUCGUUUGAAGUUUCCGGAAGUUGACCCUUGCCUAGAUGCUCCUGUCACUGAGGAUGAAAGUUCUUGGAUCGGCAACAUAAAAGACAGAAGAGAUGGAGGCAUGAUGGAGACUUGGGUGUCAAUGCACGGGCGUGAACCUUGUGCAUUAGGACUCCAAGCAUAUAAAUUAUCUUGGGACGAUGGAAAAAUUCUUAAAUUUAAAGCUGGUACCCCAUGGUGGGAGACCUAAAUUUCAAUAUGAUCACGAUGAACAUGGGGAUAAUUCUGAAGUUUUUUUCACUUUGAGUUCCUCGUGGUUGGUUCCAUCGAAUCAAUGUCGCAAGCAAUCCAAAUUGUUCGCUGACAUAAUCAUACAUGUAACAAGGUGUACUCUUACUCGUUACAAUCUCUGUAUCUC